CGCAGGGGACGGGAGGGGAAGGAUUAGGGCAAAGGUCAAGACGUGUUCCUGGGAUGCUUACGGGGAAUGGGUCAUUACCAAGAUUUCUCCAUGGCGGAUAUUUUGGAGCGCGUGGAAUUCAAACGAGUAGGGGGUAGAGAAAGCGCCGUCAGCUCCGCGGGAAAUUCCAGUUUCCCUACUACUCCCCCGCCUCUAGCUCAACCUAACAAGCAAGAUGGACGGCGGACUGGCAGCCAUCGCGUCCAAUCAGCAGGGGCCACGGGCUCACCUCAGCCAAUCAGAAGGAGCCAGGAUCUACUAAGAGAAGAAGAGGAUGAAGAGACUAAAAAUAAUGUACCCCGUAUCCAGUGUGGAGAUGGUUGUGACCCCCAAGGACUCAAGGACAACAGCCAGUUCUGCUUGCAAAGGAUCCGCCAAGGUCUGGUUUUUUAUAAGCACCUGCUGGACUCAGACAUCUUCAAAGGGGAGCCUGCUCUACUCCCUGAUAGCCCUGUGGAGCAGCUUCAUACCUCCCUGCUGGACCUCAGCCAACUCCUCCAGGCAGAGGUUCACCACCGGGAGACUCAACAGAUGCCUAGCCUGAGCCCCAGCCAGCAGUGGCAGCGCCCCCUUCUCCGUUCCAAGAUCCUUCGAAGCCUCCAGGCCUUUUUGGCCAUAGCUGCCCGGGUCUUUGCCCACGGAGCAGCGACUCUGACUGAGCCCUUAGUGCCAACAGCUUAAGGAUGGUGCCCAGAUUCCCACGUUUACAACGAUAGGACUAAUCUAUCAGCCCAGACAUCUACAAGCUAAUUAUCCAUUAGGACUUGUGUUGUUCUUGUUCUGUUUGUUUUGUGUGAAGGACAAGGACACCAUUAUUAAAGAGGAAAACAACGAACCCAGAGCAGACAGCUCAGCAGAGAAAGGAGCCGGAGAAGAGGAAUAAAGUCAAGCCCUUGGCCUUGGAGGCUGGCAAGCAGUUGCAUGCCAGGGGGGUAAGGGGGCUGUGGCAUUGGAGAAACUGAGAGAAGGAAAACCCAGAGCGUCAGAAAAUGUGAGCCCAGGCUUUGGCCAGUGUCUGUAUGAAAAACAAGAAAAAGGGAACGUUCUGCAUUUCUGGGUGACUCAGGGACAGAAGCUCUGUAACUGCCUGCUUAGUCCCUCAGGUCUAACAGAAUCUAGUCACUCAGAACUAACAGAACUACACAAACGAACUGACAAAUGCUACCAAUCUGACCUGUGACAGAGCUGCAUAUUUAUUAAGUGGGAAGGGAAAUUUUGAUAUUAUUUAUCUUUGUAACAGUUUAGAUGAUUGUUAUUUAUUCUAUUUAUAAGGAAUUAUGUAUUUUUUUCAAUAAAGAUUUAUUUAU